GACUUGGGGGCGACUCCUGCUUUUCCCUGGCUGCCCAUCAGUUGGCGCCUUUUGCCAUCCUUUUUCCCCAAGCCGCUUUGGGGGCCGCGGUCUCUCCGCAGCUCGCGGGUCACAUGGCCCGCCUGAGCAAGGGGAGCCCUGCGCCUGAGCUGCGAGGCGGGAGGAGGUGAGGCUCCGGCGCACACCCAAACCGCGCUGCGCCCGCUCCUUCCGGGCCCCGGCGAUGGCGCCUCCACCGGGAUGAGCUAGCCAGCCUGGGCAAUACCAGAGGCGGCCCUCGGCGCGCGCAGGGGACCGAGCUGAUCGCCCCAACCGGGUUUGAUUUCUGAUGACUCUGGCCUGAGUUCCAGGAUGGUUUUUUCUUGGGACCAGACAUGAACAAAAGUUGACCUCAUGAGCACUUCAACCUCUCCAGCUGCCAUGCUCCUCCGGAGGCUGCGGCGACUCUCCUGGGGCAGCACUGCUGUCCAGCUCUUCAUCCUAACAGUGGUGACAUUUGGCCUGCUGGCCCCCCUGGCCUGUCACCGACUUCUACACUCUUACUUCUACCUGCGCCACUGGCAUCUGAACCAAAUGAGCCAAGAGUUCCUGCAGCAAAGCUUGAAAGAGGGUGAGGCUGCCCUCCACUAUUUUGAGGAGCUUCCCUCUGCCAAUGGCUCAGUGCCUAUUGUCUGGCAGGCCACCCCCCGGCCCUGGCUGGUGAUCACCAUCAUCACUGUGGACAGGCAGCCUGGCUUCCACUACGUCCUGCAGGUGGUGUCCCAGUUCCACCGGCUUCUUCAGCAAUGUGGCCCCCAGUGCGAGGGGCACCAACUCUUCCUGUGCAACGUGGAGCGUAGUGUGAGCCAUUUUGAUGCCAAGUUGCUCUCCAAGUACGUCCCUGUGGCCAAUCGCUAUGAGGGCACUGAGGAUGAUUAUGGUGAUGACCCUUCGACCAACUCGUUUGAGAAAGAGAAGCAGGACUAUGUCUAUUGCCUGGAGUCAUCCCUGCAGACCUACAACCCAGACUACGUCCUGAUGGUAGAAGACGAUGCUGUUCCAGAAGAGCAGAUCUUCCCAGUCUUGGAGCACCUUCUGCGGGCUCGCUUCUCUGAGCCACAUCUCAGAGAUGCCCUUUAUCUCAAGCUCUAUCACCCCGAGAGGCUCCAGCACUACAUCAACCCAGAGCCCAUGCGGAUCCUGGAGUGGGUUGGUGUAGGCAUGUUGCUGGGGCCCUUACUAACCUGGAUAUACAUGAGGUUUGCCAGCCGCCCAGGGUUUAGCUGGCCUGUAAUGCUCUUCUUCUCCCUGUAUAGCAUGGGUCUGGUGGAGCUGGUGGGUCGGCACUAUUUCCUGGAACUGCGGCGGCUGAGUCCUUCCCUGUACAGUGUGGUUCCUGCCUCUCAGUGUUGCACCCCAGCCAUGCUCUUCCCGGCACCUGCGGCCCGCCGGACCCUCACCUACCUGUCCCAAGUAUACUGCCACAAGGGCUUUGGCAAGGACAUGGCACUGUACUCGCUGUUGAGGGCCAAGGGAGAGAGGGCCUAUGUAGUGGAGCCGAACCUCGUGAAACACAUUGGGCUCUUCUCCAGUCUCCGGUACAACUUUCAUCCCAGUCUCCUCUAGGGUGCCAAGAGAUGCCUUUCUGAAGUUGGCCACUUCUUGAAGAUUCAAACAUUGAUCUCUUUAUUUAGACAUGGUUGCCUGCAGGUAUUUCACAGUUUACUGUUGUUAGAGAUAUAGGCACUGGGGCAGCUGAGGAACAUCAGUAAGUAAGAGCUUUGGCUUUGGUAGCCUCCUGGCAGGAGCAGCAGUUUGCCACAGGUCCGGACCUCUCCCUCCACACAGCCACACUGCCUCAUGCAGUCUGACCCACCCAGUGAGGGUGCAUUUGAACACUGAUUAUAUUCUCCAUUUGUUUUUAAGCUCUGCUUUGUGAUAGAGCUUGUGACUGCCAAAAAUUUUGUGCACAGUGAUAUGACUGUUUUAGGAUCUUAAGGGUAGAAUUCUGUGAAAGGUGAGAUCCUUUGGAAUUGAGUUCUUUCUCAUUGGGUAUGAAAAUGGAUGUAUGUUUAGAAUAUAUGCCCAACGAGGCAGGACCAUGUGGAUAGAUUCCAUUUGUUUCCUUGACCUGAUGUAAUAAAAACUGAUAAAAGCCAUGCAGUGCCCGCCAUCUUGGAGGCAGGUGAUCUGGCUUUUCUGU